GGUGAAUCCAAAUUUCUUGCCUAGCAAAUUCCUUUCCCCCCAUUUUCGGCAGCAUCACGAAAAAAAGAAGCCCAACGGUAAGUUAAGGCAUCACAACAACCAGCCGCCAAAAUGGGUGCCCUCAAAUACGUCGAGGAGCUUCAGAAAAAGAAGCAGUCGGAUAUCUUGCGCUUCCUGCUGCGCGUCCGCUGCUGGGAAUACCGCCAGCUUAACGUCAUCCACCGCGCCUCGCGCCCCUCGCGCCCCGACAAGGCCCGCCGCCUCGGAUACAAGGCCAAGCAGGGCUAUGUCAUCUACCGCGUGCGCGUCCGUCGUGGUGGCCGCAAGCGACCUGUUCCCAAGGGCGCCACCUAUGGCAAGCCCACCAACCAGGGUGUGAACCAGCUCAAGUACCAGCGUUCGCUCAAGUCCACCGCCGAGGAGCGUGUCGGCCGCCGCUGCGCCAACCUGCGCGUUCUCAACUCCUACUGGAUCAACCAGGACUCCACCUACAAGUACUACGAGGUCAUCCUCGUUGACCCCCAGCACAAGGCGAUCCGCCGCGACCCCCGCAUCAGCUGGAUCGUCAACCCGGUGCACAAGCACCGCGAGUCCCGCGGCCUCACCGCCACCGGCAAGAAGUCGCGCGGCCUCAACAAGGGUCACCGCUACAACAAGACCACGGCCGGCCGCAGGAAGACGUGGAAGAGGCACAACACCCUGUCCCUGUGGCGCUACCGCUAAGCGUCUCGCUCGCUCGCCGUCUAUGCUCCACGAAAGUGGACAUGGCGGCAGCGGCGGCGGCGAAGACGAUUGGCUAUGGCAGCAGGGGGAGACCGGGACCUCUGGGAUGGUUGCGUUAUUACCUCGAUUCGUACUUUGGUUUGGGGGGAAAAGCCUGGGCUUGUUAUCGGCGCAGGUCAUUCGGCCUUGGUCUCGUUGUAUGGGGCGUGCAUAUCGGCUCAUGGGAACUCUCUUGAUUUUGGGCGAAGGGACAUGAAAACUUCAAAUGAUAGCAAAAUGAACAAGGCAGGCGUUCUCCUGGUGGAGAUCCCUUUUGACGCGAUACCUUUUGACAUAGUGGCUAGACUCUGAUACGGCAGUAUCCGCGG